AUGCCAGACCAGAGCGGAAAAGUCGCCAUUGUGACUGGAGGAAAUUCUGGAAUCGGAUUUGAAACUGUACGUGGAUUGAUGCGAAAAGGUGCAAGGGUGUAUAUGGCAUGUAGAUCACAUGAACGAGCCGCAAAAGCAAUUGAGCUGUUGAGAAGAGAAGGUGAAGAUUGGCCAGGAGAAGUUAAAUUUUUAUCUUGUGAUUUAGCAGAUAUGGAAAGUAUUCAUUCUUCCACCGAAGAAUUCGCUCGUCAAGAAAGUCAAUUACACAUUUUGAUUUGUAAUGCAGGUGCUGCAAAUCCACAAUUAGGCAGUAAAACAAGUCAAGGAUACGAUUUAACACUUGGAACCAACGUUUUGGGUCAUCAACAGUUCAUUCGUGAUCUUCUGCCAAUUCUGCAAAAGACGGCUAAUACACUCCAAUCAUCCAAUUCAGACCAUGGUGUUCGUGUUCAUUUGACAAGCAGUUGGGCACACAACUUUCAUCAACCGAGCGGCUUUGAUGUAAAUGAUCCCGAAUGGACAGAUCGAGUUGAGAUGGGCCUGUUUGGCAAGCAACUCACAGUCAAUCCAAAAGGUCCGAUUAGAGAAGUUUUGAAAUAUGGACAAUCGAAAUUCUUGAAUGUUUGUCAAGCAAAAAAGUUUCACAGAAUGUAUGGUGAUAAAGGUAUCGUCUUUACAUCUUCCGAUCCGGGAAACAACGUUUCGGAACUAUUACGAAACCGUGAUCCGAUCACUAAUUUGUUUUUCAAUUAUGUCGUCACACCUCUGAUUUUGUUCCACCCCAAGUUCGGCGCCAUCAGUCAAUUGUACGCUUGUACCGCUCCUGAAGCACAUAUGCUGGGCGGACAAUACCUUGCACCUUGGGCUCGAAUCGCCCCAGCAUCACCUAUAGCCGAAGAUCGUCGAGUUCAAGAUAUCAGCUAUGAAUGGCUAAACAAACAAAUCACUAAAAAUGGUUAUUAA